UGGGGUUUUUGGAAAGGCCGACAGGUAGAGCCACUGUACUGUGCAUUUCGAUGUUUUGGUUCCCAAGGGGUACGGCUAAUGCAGUCUAUUUACAUUUGUGAUUGAAGUUCAAUUGCCUAGACUCCACAACUGUCACAAUGGCAGCUUCAUCAUUCACAAGUUUAGUGCGCCAGCAGCUUUCCUCUCUCAACUUCAAUGCUGGCAGCCAUAAGGACCAAGCGGACAGGUUUCGCACAAUCCUGGAGUCGAUUAUGAACUCUGCUGGAACAGAGCUGGCGGAUUGCCUGAAGCUGUUUAUUGAUGCCAUCAUUAAUGAGCAGGUGAGCUUGGUGAUUUCCCGACAAGUCCUCUCAGAUGUUGGACAACACCUUACCAAAAUUGAUGAUGAAACAUCCAAAAACAUAGCUCAUUAUACUCUUGAAAAGGUCCAACCACGUGUUAUAUCAUUUGAAGAACAGGUGUCCAACAUACGUCAGCAUCUAGCUGAAAUAUAUGAAAAAGAACAGAAUUGGAAGGCGGCAGCCAAAGUGCUUGUCGGAAUCCCCUUGGAAACGGGGCAGAAACAAUAUUCAGUGGAUUACAAGCUUGAAACUUAUAUGAAGAUUGCUCGCCUGUAUUUGGAGGAUGGAGAUCCUAUCUUGGCUGAAGCAUUUAUCAACAGAGCAUCUUUGUUGCAGGCUGAAACUAAAGAUGAGCAGCUUCAAAUUUACUACAAAGUAUGCUAUGCCAGAGUUCUUGACUACCGACGAAAAUUUAUUGAGGCUGCUCAGAGAUACAAUGAGUUGUCCUAUCGCACUAUAAUCCAUGAAGAUGAACGCAUGACUGCUUUGAAGAGCGCUCUGAUCUGCACAAUGCUAGCUUCUGCAGGGCAACAACGAAGUCGAAUGUUAGCAACUUUGUAUAAAGAUGAACGGUGUCAACAUUUGCCUGCCUACAAUAUUUUAGAGAAGAUGUACUUAGAUCGUAUAAUUCGUCGUUCAGAACUGCAUGAUCUUCAAGGUUUACUCCAGCCCCAUCAGUCCAUCACCAUUGACGGGUCAACUAUAUUAGAUCGAGCUGUGAUUGAACACAAUUUGCUAUCAGCAAGUAAGCUGUAUAACAACAUUACUUUUGAGGAGCUUGGAGCUUUACUUGAGAUUACCCCAGCCAAAGCAGAAAAGAUAGCAAGCCAAAUGAUCACAGAGGGCAGGAUGAACGGCUUUAUUGACCAGAUAGAUUCUAUUGUUCAUUUUGAGACUCGUGAAGUUCUACCGGCAUGGGAUAAGCAAAUUCAAUCUAUCUGCUACCAAGUAAACUCCAUAAUUGAGAAAAUAGCUAACACUGAACCUGCAUGGCUGAGUAAGGUUAGUGAUGAGGAUAUGAUGUGCUAAGAGUAUUAGUCAAAAUAGGUCAACAAAUUGGUACAAUUUGAAUAAUUGAUUCAAUUGAAAUUUUGUACAAACCAAUCUUGGAAUCAUUUGAAGUGGCGCGUAUUGUAAUAAAUAUUUUGUAAUGCUUUAAACAA